UUCUUUUACUGAUGCAGAGCCACGUACGGGUAAUGCAAAUUGGUGUGAAUGUGGAAAUUGUAGAGCAAUGGAAACCGAUACUGAAAGCGUGUGCUGUGUCGAGUCAAACGAAAUUCCUGAUGAGUUUUUCCAAGGUCAUAAAUGCGUUACAGAAGCUGCUGAUUUUCAAGUGGUUGUUUUGACAAAAGCUGUUUUAGAAACUGCGUUAUCUGCAUUGCAUGAUUUGAGAGGAGACACUUUAGAAUUAAAAAAUGAAUCUUAUCGUUACGCUGGUUAUAAACAGUUCACUUGGUGGAUACACAGUCGAUUGGGAAAAGCUGAUAUUUUCAUCAUAACUGUCGUCGAUGUGAAUUUGUAAUUGCGGUGAGUAUAAAGAAUCAUCAGAAGGGCACUCAUCACCAGAGACGAUAUCAUGAUCACUUUCCAUAUUUGCAUUCAGCAAGAAUGUCAC